AUGAACAACCAAGGCAACGCCCAGCAGACCAACGCGUCUGGUAACGAGGACUACGUCGACAAGGGACUCGAUGCCGUUGAGAAGAAGUUCGGUGGCGCGUACGGCGCUGACCCGGGGAAGAACCGCGGCGUCAACGAGAAGAUCGUAGGUUGCUCCUUCCCCCGCCUAACACUUCCUCGGUCGGAAACAUCGUUUGCUGACAUGGUUUUGGAGACCGACGGCGCGCGCGGCUUGUUCGAGAAGGCUACUGGCAAGAAGGUGCCCGACAAGUUCUCCAACUAG